AAAAGAGAGAUUGAUUAAUUUCUGCUUAGCGACUGUUCUCGCGUCAGCGAAAAAUGGCGAGUAGCACUCUGCAACGAUUAGCUAGGCGUUCGCACCAGGCUUAUGGAUUCUCGGUGACGUCGCUAUCGAGAGCAUUCUCUGCUUCUUCCUCGGACGCGUUGGUGGAGAUCCAGCGCGGAGAGGUCGGUAUGGUUUCCGGUAUUCCCCAAGAGCAUCUCCGCAGGAAGGUUCUUAUUUACUCACCUGCUCGUACAGCUAGUCAGCAAGGAUCUGGAAAAGUUGGAAGAUGGAAAAUAAAUUUUUUGUCAACACAGAAAUGGGAAAAUCCACUGAUGGGCUGGACAUCCACAGGGGACCCAUAUGCGAAUGUUGGUGAUGCUGCACUUACUUUUGACAGUGAAGAAGCUGCAAAAUCAUUUGCUGAAAGACAUGGCUGGGAGUAUACGGUGAAGAAGCCUCACACACCAUUGUUAAAGAUCAAAUCCUAUGCUGACAAUUUCAAGUGGAAGGGCCCUCCUAAAACAGAAGGAUGAACUAUUUCUAUUCUUCCUCUCUUGAGGUUCUAACCCUUUGGGUCCAUAAACUACUACAGACAUUGGAUACUGUUUGUUUACCUUUUGAAGUCUCAAUGCAUUAUCCUCAGGACUCAACCCAAGAUUCUGUUAAUAAAUCGAACGAGUCUUUUGAAUAUAUUCCUUUGGGAUUUAUGUAUCAAUCCGCAGAAGAUUUUGCUAUUGGUUGAACACAUCAACAUAAUGUUUUAAAGGGGAGUUUGUCAACUCUUUUUGUGCCCUUU